CUGGGGGACCAGGUGCCCUGAAGGACAGAUGGUGUUCAGAGCUCCCAUGGCCUUGCCUGGGACACUUCAGGCAUUCGGGGAGGGCAACAGCGUGCAGCCGAGGCAAGCUGACUUCAGAGUGACCAUGGCCUCCGUACCAUGAGCCGGUCCUCCCUGGCACCAGAGGUGGAUGUGGUGCCUGGUUGGCCCUCCUGUUGGACCAGGGCUUCUCCAUGUUCCUCCCAUUGGCGGUUUCCACCUGCUGGUUCUUGGUGCUGGCUGGGGAGGUGUUGGUUUCACAUCUCAGGGCUGGCAGCACCCCUGGCCUCUGCAGGUGUUAGCGGCGCUCACACCACUGGUUACAAGGACCAGGAAUGUUUCUGGAAGUUACCAGGUGUACCUUCUGGCCAGCUUUGAACCACUGUGUGAGGUCAGAGCACGGUCCCGGACAGCCCGGCCUCCUGCUGUGCUAUACGCCAGCCUCUCCUCUCCUCCUAGCUCCAUUACCAUCGCCAAGGUCGUGAGGGAACCGAGAAAAACCACAGUGCAGAGAGAGGCCCCGGAGGACGACGGCUUCCGCCUCUUCUUCACAUCCAUCCCCGGAGACACUGGAAAGGCAGCUGAACCCCAACCCCGCCGGAAACGACAGCCCUCAAGCUCCAGCAGCAGCGAGGACAGUGACGAGGAAUGGCAACGGUGCCAGGAGGCCGCCGUGUCCGCCUCUGACAUCCUGCAGGAGUCAGCCAUCCACAGCCCCGUCCAGCAGGAGGAGGAGGAGGAGGAAGCCAGGAAGAAAAAGAAGAAGAAAAAGUUGAAAAAGAAAGCCCAGAAGGUGGCUGAUGUUGACUCAGCUGUGACCACUGCUACCACCGGGGCCAUGGUCCAGAAGCAGGAAGAGGGACUGGGCAAGGCCAACGGGGCCCAUGCAGCCUUGGGCACCAAGAAGAAAAGGAAAAAAAAGGCGAGGAAGGCCCAUGAGGCUGCCCCCCUGUCACCAGCAGCAAGCCCAGAGGCCACGCCAGCACACUGACCCAGUCUGCGGGCACAGGGCCCCACAAGCACUGAGGACAGGCACCCUGGAGGCAGGACAUUUUCAUGCCCCACCUCUCUCUCCAGGUCAGGGACUUGGCUGGCAAGGCCGGACUGGCCCACGAAACCUUGAUCAUGACUGGAGCCUGCCCAGGAGUUGGGGCAGAAGAGUGGUUUCAGGAUGAGGCAGCCUAGCCUUGCCUCCCACCAAGGGCCAAGGCAGACCCAGUACCAGAACAUUCCACGCUUCCAAGACUCCUGGCUGGUGGCAGAUGGCCAGUGUCUCCCAGUGGUGUCCGAGGUGGGCAAGGACAUGGAGCCUCUCUUCCCCAGCCUGUGCAGGCUGGGAGAGAAGGGGUCCCCGUAGCCACCAUAGAACCAGGCGUGGGAAAGCAGGAAGUUGAGCCCAUUGGUCUAACUUUGUGUUUUGUAAGUUUACACGUGUGGACAGCACUCGGCCAGCUGAAUGGGAAAUACAUUGUGAGGCACCGAG